AUGGCCGAGCACGAGCAGUCCACCUUCAAGCACGGCGAGCACCUGCUCCUCGACCAACCCCUCCUCCGACUCCCCAACGAGCUUCUCCGUAAAAACUUCCGCUCCGCCCACUUCACCAUCGAAAAGGACACCACCGCGCUCCGGGCGCUGCUCCGGGACGCCGCCACCUCUGCCGCCUCCGGCCGCGGUGCCGCCCCGCAGGCCGAUGCCCUGCGUGCCCUCGACGCCAUGCUUGGCCGCAUGCGCGGCGUCCGCCGCAAGCUCGCCGCCCACGCGCGCGAGGAGGAGCGCCUGCACGCCCAGACCGCCGCCCGCAUCCGCCACCUCGACCAGCUCUACGACAUCCCGGGCGUCGCCGGCGUGACGGAGGAUCCCCGCUACGAGGCCUGGAGUCGCCGCCGGCUCGACAGGCUGCUCGCGGACUACCUUCUGCGUCGUGGGUACGGCGCCACGGCCGAGCAGCUGGCGCGGGAGCGCGAUAUUGAACCGCUGGUCGACAUCGAGACGUUCCGCAGCAUGAGUAAGAUACGGGAGGCUCUGCUGGGCGGCAGCAUCGUCGAGGCCCUUGCCUGGUGCACGGAGAACAAGAAGGAGCUGCGCAAGAUGGAGAGCAAGCUCGAGUUCCUCCUUCGCUUCCAGCAGUACAUUGAGCUCAUCCGCGCCCAGUCCCAGCCCAAGCUCAUCGAGGCCAUCGCCCACGCUAAGAAGCACCUCAUUCCCUACUGGAACACCUAUCCGGCCGAGGUCAAGCAAGCUGGCGGCCUUCUUGCGUUCCCGCCACCUUCGGCACCCUCCUCCAGCAGCCGCCACGCCCACACCCACGCCCACCACCGCGGCGCCAGCGUCAGCGCUUACGCCGACCUCUACAGCCCCGCGCGCUGGGCCCAGCUCGCUGACGUCUUCACCGACGCGCACAACACCCUCCUCGGCCUGCCCUCCGCGCCGCUCCUCCACCUCGCGCUCUCCUCGGGCCUCUCCGCCCUCAAGACCCCCGCCUGCCACCACCGCCAAACCACCACCACCGCGGACAGGAGCGGCGGCAAGGGCAAGCACUCGCGGCAUGCGGCGCCGCCGCCGGCGACGAUGGGCCACGGCGGCGUCUGCCCCAUCUGCUCCGUCGAGCUCAACGACCUCGCCCGCAACGUGCCCUAUGCGCACCACACCAAGAGCCACGUCGAGCACGACCUCGUCCUGCUCCCCAACGGCCGCGUCUACGGCCGCCAGCGCCUCCUCGAGCACUCCAAGAAGGCCGGCCUGCCGCCGCAGCUCUUCAAGGACCUCCUCACCGGCGACGUCUACCCGGUCGAGUCUCUGAAAAAGGUCUACAUUACGUAG